UUACACACCAAAUUGCAUAAAAUUCACACCUCUUUCCUGCCCCAAACAUAACUCUCUGACUCCUUCUUCCUUACCCUCGCCGCCCUUUUCGUCUUUUCUUCAAAUCUAAGCUUGUUUCUACACACUAUAUAUAAGCAAAACUUUACGUCCAACGUAUCGCUUCCUCGCCGGAAAAUCAAGAAUGGCCUCUAAAUGUAUAUCCAAUUGCGUUAACGACGCUAGAGCUCCGGUACGUGCCACGUAUAUAAAUCUUUAUAAAUGGCCGGAAUCCGACGUUGAGUUUAUUAGAUCAGUCAGCUCAAAAAUGCAAGGGAAAAACAAUAACGAUGGCCAUGGACAUGGACAUGGACAUGGACAUCAUCCUAAGGUGGUGGAUAGUAUUUCUUGUAGGCAAUUAUAUUUAAGGAGUUAUACUUUUUCAAGGGAAGAAGAGAAUGUAAAUGAUGAGAAGAAAGCAGUAAAAUGUUAUGGUAAAAGAAAGAGGAAAUUAGCUCGUCGGAAUGGCGGCGACGGCGACAGCGACGGCGGUGGUAGUUCAAGUGGUGUCCGGAGACAGACUAGAAGGAAAUGUAAAGGUUUUAGAAAGGCAAAAGAGAUAUCUUGUUCUGCUUUGGCUUCGAUUUUUCGGAGGUUAUUAGCUUGCACUACUAAGGUUGAUGUGGUUGGUUAAUUUACCCUAAAUUAUUUACUUUAAAAGAUUAUUGAAUUUCCUUUUCUAUUUUUUUUUACCCAAGUACUUUCAAUUUUUCACUUUUUUUUUUCUACUUUAAUUGUGUUGAGUUUUUGUUUA